GCGCGGACGGCGGAGCCAUGGAUGCUGCGGGAGCCGCGCUGCGGCGGCUGCUGCUGCUGGCGCUGUGCUGCGCGCAGGCGGCCGCAGGAGGAAAAGUUCUUCCACCUCCAUCCAACCUAAGCUUUUCAUUUGUCCAAAUGUGCACCCUGAACUGGACGUGGUCAGCCCCGGAGAACAUCAGCAGAAGCUGCGAUCUGGAAUAUUCCAGCGACGUUGUCAUUGAUGAGGUCCCUCAGGACAAAAGAGAAUGGACUAAGAGCCUCUUCCGUGUGACUGAUACAUUCCUGAACGCGGAGAUGCGCUUCAAAGUGAGAAGCGAAUGCAAGCACGAUAACGCAAGUGAGCCAAGCAGAUGGGUAGAGACUUCUGUUCAGCCAAAAGGUGUCCCGGGUACUGCUGCUACGGACUUGGACUGUGUUUGGCACAAUUUGGAGUACAUGGAUUGUAAGUGGCUUGCUGGGAAGAACGCACGUAACUGUACCAAGUAUAUUUUGUUCUACUGGUACGAUGGCUUGAAAAGUCCUAAGAAGUGCAACAAUUAUUCUAUGCAUGAAGGAAUCUUUGAAUGCGUUUUCAGUCUUACCUUCCCAAAGGUCACCAAUACUUAUCCAACUCUCAGUAUUUUGGUUAAAGAUGAUUCGGAGGAAAUUAGGCCUGUAUGUGCAAGUAAAAAUCCUACCACUCUUGUAAAACCUGCUGCCCCAAAAGCAGUUAUGUUGUCAAAGGUUAACGACACGAUACAUCUAGAAUGGAGCGAAUCAGACACCUUUCCAGCCAACUGUCUGUAUUAUGAGGUGGAAUACCGCAGCGAUGAUAUGGACACCCCUCGGACAAUUAAAGUUGCAUAUAAUCAUACUUCAGUUCCCAGUGUUGAUCCUAAUACCAAGUAUAUCUUCAGAGUGAGAGCAAAACCAAAGUCUGAGUGUUACAGCAGCAAGCUCUGUAGUAACUGGAGCAAAGAAAAGAGUAUUGGUGAAAAGCCAGACUCUACAUUUUAUUUUGUUUUAAUGAUCACCAUUCCAUUAAUAGUAGCAGUAUCUACGAUAAUUCUGCUUUUUUACCUAAAAAGGCUGAAGAUACUAAUCCUUCCACCAAUUCCUGACCCUCGAGAAAUUCUUAAGCGUAUGUUUGGAGAGCAGAAUGAAGAUUCCCAGAGUGGUGCAAAGGAUGCUUCUGUGAAUGCUUACAACAGGUUAAUUAAGGAAGAAGAAAUUCAUUCUUUAGUUUUAACAGAAACUCUAGAGUGCUCUUAUUCUGAAAAUGAAAACCGAUAAACUCUCUUUACCAACGAAUGAUGAGGAAAGACUUUUCUUUUACCUCAGGUGACAAUGUAGAUGUGGACCGGCCUUUAAGACAUUCACCAACUUUCAACUUACUGAGCCCUUUCUGAUCCUUUUCAUUUGUAUGAUGCUCAGAUGAAACAUCACUAACAUUGGCCAUUCCUCCAUCUCUGCUGGAAAUACUCAUUCUGGGUCUUUCAAGAUGAGUAUGUGCCUAAAUUUCAUCUGUUGACUGCAUUGCAGCAUCUCUCCUCCUGGUGCAGGCCAGCUCUGCCCUACUACCUAGCACUUGCACUCAUGUUUGUGCCUCCUGUUAGACUGUAAAUGAGCUUUUUUGGAGCAAGCACUGCGACUUUGCUGAAGUACUUGGUUCUCUUGUGCAGCAAGUGAGGCAAGGCUCGUUUACAGCCGGUGGCUCAUUACUGCCGCUAUGGGGAAGCGCUGUCAGAGCAGAUGCUAGGGCAGAUGGACCAUUUGUGAAUGGCCUGUUCCCGAGCAGCCGGGCAGGUGACAGGGUGCUCUCCAGAGGGCAUUUGUGGACAGAUUUUCAAAAGCUGAUGGUUGAUAUGCUUCAGCUGUCAGCUGAUCAAACCCAAUAAAAGAGAGUUGUUUCUUUAAAAUGUAUAUGAAAAGUCUCCUCACCUUCCAGUGGUGUUCAGUCUUUUCAUAGAAGCUUUAUGUUUUUAUUAUUGUCCUCUCAAGUGCCUGUCCUUGAGCCUUUUACCUUGCCUCCAUGAACUGCUUGGGUUAAUUAUACUUUACCUGCAUUAUCCUGUGGCUGAUGACUCUGUAUUGAGUGUCACCCGGCUGUGAUUCUACUUUGGCCAUAUUGGCCUGAAAGUAUCUGAUUUUUGGAAGCUAAGUCAUCCUGAGUCUGUCUAGCAAAAAUACCAGAUAACGGAUGCGUGAGAGCCUAAGGAGCCAUGGUCAAAUGCUUAGCAUAUGCUAAACCACAGAAACUGAACAAAUUCAAAGGCUUUAAGACCCAUCCUCACUGCUGAGCAGAUGGGUUUGGUGGAAGAGGGGAUCACAACCCUGGCCUGCCUUCUCAGCAAUAAGCUUUAUUCUUUCUCUAAUGACGAGGCUGUGAUUUGAACUUUCUCUCUUGGAACUCAGCAAUUUAAAAGCAAGGUGCUGAUCUGACUUUUUAAAGUUAUCUUCUACAUUUGCUGCAGCAGCUUGUUUUUUCUUUUUUUUUCUUGUAAAUCGCAAAUUGGUUUGUUCAUUUUUAUCGUGGUUUCGUUUUGAGGUGCUUUACCCAGCAGAGUUCAACGGAAAGCUUCUGGCACAACUGUGAAUUUUCUGUGCUUGAAAUUGUGAGCGUCAGUCUGUACCUUGUGCUGCAAGGAUGUUGAGAGCAGCAGCUUGAUGGCGCUCUGAAUAAAAGGAGGCAGAAAGUAAUAGGGAGGAGGGGAUUUGUGCAGGCUGGUUAUAGUUAGCAGUCGAGGAACUGCUUGCUCCUCACGGUUCUCCGAGCGGGUCAGUGCAUGCAAGUUGGGACAGACAGUUUCAGCAGCCUGGGAACAGAUCCCUUCCAAAGAUUGUUAGGGACAACUUCUAUCACCACUAACUUACCUUUUAAAAUUCAGCUCUAUCCUCAAGCUAGGUUCUAUCAAAAAUCUGAAGGGAAGCGCUACUGUUUUGGAGCGUCCUGUUGCGCGAGUAGAACUAGUGGAGCGUGCCUUUCAGCUACGAAUUUACACCCUCAACCUCCUCUGUGGUCCCUGCCUUAAUAAAUCCAGUUGUUUUCCUUGAGCCUCUCAAAAAUAAUUUCCCCCACAUCUCUUACCUACCUCUGAGCUACUGGUGGUAGAACUGGGAGGAGAAAUAUGGCAGGACUAGCGGGCUACCUAAGAGCUUAGAUCUUUUACUUAAAAUCAGGCUUAAAAAAAGACAUAAAAUUGGUUAAUGAAACCAAACAACAAUAAAGUCUCAGGGAUUUCAGUGAGAUGUAACAAAACUCAGGUUAUACAAAGUCAGCUAGCAGGAAUAUUGGAUAUUCCAGAGGUAGAGAAACAGUGUGGGGCAAAGAAUUAUUUAAUUCCUUUGCCAACCUAACUCCCUUCCCCCCCACAAAUUCAUAUUAUAAUAAAGAUAUAAAUAUUUUUCAAAUCUACCUCAUCUAGAAUGUUGCUAAUUAUAGAUCACUAGACAAGCAGAAAUGUAUUAUUUCAAUAAAAGGAAGUGUAAUAGUGUAAUAAAGUUUUAUGGCUUUCAGUAGAACAAUCAAGGAAGAAGAUCCUUGGUACUUUGCCUUAAAGUCUUUUGACUCUGUUUUAGUGUUGAUAGUAAAAUCAAAGUGUAUUUUUUUUGUAAAAACAAACAAAACAAAUUCAUAAAGCAAAAGGAAGAAAAAGACAGCCUGAAAGUGCUAGGCCAAAGGGAAGACUUAAAUGCAAAGGAUGGUUUAGACCAUGAUAAAAAUGGUUUGAGUAAUUCUUUGCUUUCUGACUUACGGUUAUCGACACCCUUCCUAAUGGAUGGAUUUUUUGAGUCUGUGUUUUGGCAUGUAAAGCAAGCGCCUCAGUAUAUGUUAAUCUUUAAAUUCUCUUGUUCAUGGUCUGUUUGGUUUUUUUAGCUUGAAAUUUUCUUAGUUUUACUAACAUUUGUUUGUUAUUC